AUGACAGAAAAGAUUGAAGCAAACGGAUAUGAUGAAUCUUGGCUUUGGAUUUUUUGGUAUUCUCAUAAGACUUGUUCUCAUAAGACGACCCCAAUUUUCUGCUACAACGGCGGAACGGUCAUAAAUUUUACAGAAUCAAAGUUAAGAAUGUUAUACACGUCUCAAGUUUUUGGAAAAGUGGCGGUGUUCCAAUUAAUCCUAACACAUGAUACUGGCAAGUCUUGCUUUCAAGCAGAGAUUGAGUUGAAUAGAAAUGGAGAGGAUUAA